AUGUCUGAAACGGCGGAACUGAUCAAGCUGCUGCGGGACCAGAUGGCGGAAUUGAGGGAGCGUUCGGAACGUGAACAGAAGGACAUUCGUCGUCAACAUCAAGAACAGAUGGACGCGAUCAAAGCACUUUACAGCAACGUCCCCAACGUCACGUCACUAGUGGGUUCCUCUACACCUGCUUUUGCCCCCUUUGACUCCACGUCGGAGCUGUGGACUGACUAUUGGGCCAGAUUUUGCACCUUCGUCGGGGCCAAUUCCGUUCCUGAUGAGCGAAAGGGGCAAGUAUUCCUCACCAACCAGUCGCCCACGGUCUACAAACUUCUGGCCAAUCUCGCCGCACAGCAUACCCCGCCCAAAGACAUCAACCAGCUUACCGUGGACGAGAUCGUUACCUACAUGAAGGACCAAUUUGAUCCGAAACGAUUCAUCGUCCGGGAACGAUUCAAGUUCUGGAGCGAAAUGCAGCGGAAACCAGGCGAGACCAUACAGGAACUAGCUGCUCGGAUACGCCAAGACGCAGCUACCUGCGAUUUCACGUCGAUCAAGGACCCCCAGGAUGAAGCCCUCCGGACCCGAUUCAUCUGUUCGGUCAGCAACGAGGCAGUCCUAAAGGCCCUCUUCAAGAUCAAAGGCGAUGAAUUGGAUUUUGCCCGGGCAGUGAACAUUGCUAUCGAGACUGAGGAUGCCACAUCCUUCAUAUUUCCAUCGUCAGGGCAGGGCAUUCAAGGCGUACAAUCUGCCUCACUAGUCCUCUGA